UCAUACCACACUCGGUUUCUUUGUACAGUAAAGCAUUGCAGCAGUUUCUGGAACAGCAACCAAUACUAGCUUUAGUUAAAACUCUAUUUAAAAGCUCUACCCCUCAUUGCCAAGUCUGAAACAAACUUUAGCAUAAAGCAUCUACUUUCAUAAAAAAAUAAAGAAAGGCUGAACUUUGCAGAGGGAUCGAGCGGCAGAGAAAUUUCCGGUAGCGAUCGAGGCAGCUUAGGAUUUGUGAUUGUAUUCUUGCUUUCCCUGGAGAUUGAAAAAUGCAGGUUUUUCAGAAGCUAGCACCUUUCACCAUCUCUACAUACUGUGUUAUUCUUCUACCAUUAGUUGGCUGUUCAUUCCACCAAGAAGUGAAUCAGUCCGUCAGUCACAAGAGCAUUAGACACGACUUUCACAAGCUGAGUCCUCAGAUGACAUCUGAUGUUGCAAUUCAUGGGUUUCUCCUAUGGGUUUCACUUGGGUUCUUAAUGCCUCUUGCGAUACUUGCUAUCAGAAUGUCUAGAAGAGAGGAACCCCGGUCCAAAAGGCUCAAAGUUUUUUUCUAUCUCCAUGUUUUUGUGCAGAUACUGUCAGCGCUUCUUGCCACAGUUGGAGCUGUCUUAUCGUUCAAAAAACUUGAGAAUUCCUUCACUAACAGCCACCAAAGAUUAGGACUAGCACUUUAUGGUGCCAUUUGGGUGCAAGCCUUGAUCGGAUUUUUCAGGCCUAAAAGGGGGAAGAAAGAGAGGAGCUUGUGGUACUUUGUGCAUUGGAUGCUUGGAACAAUGAUUUCUCUCUGUGGGAUCAUCAACAUCUACACAGGCUUAAAAGCUUACAGUAACAAAACAUCAAGAAGUACGACCCUUUGGACUAUACUUUUUACAGCAGAGGUCCUUUUCAUUGCUUUCUUUUACCUCUUCCAAGACAAAUGGGAGUAUAUACAAAAGCAAGGUGUGGUUUUAGACAAUGCACCUAUCACAGUUUCUAAUCAACAAAUUCCAGAAGGGAUCUACCAAAAGGAGUUGCAGCCUGAACCAUGUGGCAAGCGCAGUAGACUUAUUAAGAAUUUGUUUGAUUAAUAUGGGAUUCUUUAUUACCUUUUUUCUCUAUUAUUUUUCUUAUAGGUUGCUCAUUUGCACUUUGUUUUUUGAUGCCUGCAAUGCAAGGCGAUUUGACAAAAGAAUACAUUAUUGGAGUGCAUGCAGCUAAGCCCAAGGAUUUUUCCUUUUUCAUGUGACAUACACACGUACUCUAGCUAGAUAUAUCUUUGAUGUGAUACCCGGCCUUAGGAAAUUGGGUGCUUUUUACAUAUAUAUAUAUAUAUAUAAUAUGUAUGGAAUAGAUGGCGAUUGCUUUGUAGGAGAAUGUUAUGAAGUUUGUAAGUAUGCUUUUGUAAAAUUAUAUAUAUAUAUAUAUAAGAGAAUAUUACACAGACCCUUGAUCUCAAA